CUACCUUCCAAAACCCCCGCCUCGAAUCCAUCGAAGAAACCCAUUUAAGCGUUUCUCUCUCAUUCGGCAAAAGGCGCUGAUAAGAAAGAGAACUCUUCUCUAUUUAUCCCGGAGCUUUUGGCGGAAGAAUCUCCGUCGUCGCCAUUUUUCGUUUCGUAAAGAUUUCGACCUAUUCCCGUUUGAAUUUAAUUUAUUUGAAAAUGGCGGCUAUGGCGGGUUUGGGGUUGCAAAUGGCAACAAGUCCUUGCAUUCCUUCUUGGAGGAUUUGCAAUGCAAGCGCUCCAAUUUUAGGGACCAAUCUGAAACUAGGACUACUGAAUAAGCUUACAACCUCAUCUUCUAUCUCCUCCAUCCGACCGUUUUCUCGGAGCUUCACGUCCACUCCAGUGAAAUUCGAUAAGGUCAUUACCAAGGCAAUGUCUGGAACAAGUGAGGAAAAGGCUGCUACAGGAUUGCCUAUUGAUUUAAGAGGUAAAAGGGCAUUCAUUGCUGGGAUAGCUGAUGACAAUGGAUAUGGUUGGGCAAUUGCCAAAUCUCUUGCUGCUGCUGGCUGUGAAAUCCUUGUCGGCACAUGGGUGCCAGCACUGAACAUUUUUGAGACCAGCUUGAGACGUGGGAAAUUCGAUGAAUCACGCGUGUUGCCAGAUGGUUCUCUGAUGGAGAUUACCAAAGUAUAUGCAUUGGAUGCUGUUUAUGACUGUCCUGAGGAUGUUCCUGAAGAUGUCAAAACAAACAAACGGUAUGCUGGAGCUUCAAAUUGGACAGUUCAGGAGGCAGCUGAAUCUGUGAAACGGGAUUUUGGGAGCAUCGAUAUCCUUGUGCACUCUCUUGCGAAUGGUCCGGAGGUCAUUAAACCUCUCUUAGAGACUUCCAGGAGAGGAUAUCUUGCAGCAAUUUCAGCAUCAAGUUACUCCUAUGUGUCCUUGCUCAAGCAUUUCAUUCCGAUAAUGAAUCCAGGUGGUGCGUCGAUUUCUCUCACAUACAUUGCUUCUGAAAGGGUCAUUCCAGGAUAUGGUGGCGGCAUGAGUUCAGCUAAGGCUGCUUUGGAGAGUGAUACCAGAGUGCUUGCUUUUGAAGCAGGAAGGCGCCACAAGAUUCGAGUUAAUACGAUAUCUGCUGGCCCAUUGAGAAGCCGUGCAGCAAAAGCAAUUGGAUUCAUUGACACCAUGAUCGAAUACUCGUUAGCCAAUGCACCAAUGCAGAAAGAACUGCUGGCAGAUGAGGUUGGCAAUGUUGCUGCAUUCUUGGCAUCGCCAUUGGCUUCGGCCAUCACAGGAACAGUUAUUUAUGUGGACAAUGGGCUGCACGCAAUGGGAGUGGGAGUCGACAGUCCAAUAUUUGCAGAUCUCAACAUUCCUCAGUCCGACCCCAAGAGCUAAGGUUUUCAUGUUAAUUUUUCAUGCUUAUGGAUGUCUUUGUAGUUCUUUUUUCGUUUUCUUCUUUUCUUUUUCUUUUUUGGGCGACAAUUUUGUAAUAGGGGAUUUUGUUCCGGGAUCCUCCCCUGACUCGAGUUUGCUAUUUUCUAAUGACUUGCAUGCACACAA